CGUGAUUUUUCACCCCACAACAAACACCACUGAACAACACCACCACGAUGGAUGCCAAGCGUGCGAAGACUGGCGUGGUGCGCGCAACCACCACGGCGCCUGUCAACAUUGCCGUCAUCAAGUACUGGGGAAAGCGUGAUACGAAGCUGCUGCUUCCCAUCAACUCCUCACUCAGCGGAACGCUGGACCAAGAGCAGCUUCAUGCCAGGACGACUGUGGCUGCCAGCAGCAGCUUCGAGGCUGAUGAAAUCUGGCUGAACGGAAAGCAAGAGGACAUCUCCAACCAGCGCUUGCAGAACGUGCUUGGCGCGGUGCGCGCCCUGGCCGCAAAGAAGGACCCCGAGCACCCGCUCAAGGACGCGCACAUCAAGAUUGCCUCUGUCAACAACUUCCCCACGGCCGCUGGCCUUGCUUCCUCUGCUGCUGGCUACGCCUGUCUUGUUGCCGCGCUGGCUGAGCUCUUUGGCGUUCAGGAUCAGGAGCUUACCGCAAUUGCUCGCGUUGGUUCUGGCAGCGCGUGCCGCUCUCUCAUGGGCGGUUUCGUCCGCUGGGAAAAGGGCACGCGCGAUGAUGGCGCAGACAGCCUCGCCUCCCAGGUUGUGCCAGAGUCACACUGGCCAGACAUGCAGGUGCUCAUCCUUGUUGUCAACGCGGGCAAGAAGGGCGUUAGCAGCACCAGCGGCAUGCAGUCGACAGUCAAAACAAGCGCCCUCAUCAACCACCGUGCGGAGGUUGUUGUUCCCCAGCGCAUGAAGGACAUUGAGAAGGCAAUUCAGGAUCGCGAUUUCCAGACCUUUGGGCGCAUCACAAUGCAGGACAGCAACCAGUUCCACGCCACGUGCCUGGACACAUAUCCACCCAUCUUCUACAUGAACGACGUGUCGCGCCAGAUUGUGCAGAUUCUCACACAGUACAACGACGCCGCCGGAGAGAUUCGGGCUGCGUACACGUACGAUGCGGGUCCAAACUGCGUCAUCUACUGCCUCAAGCAACAUGUGCAGGAGAUUCUGUCCCUGGUGUGCCACUACUUUCCAUCUUCGGAAAGCGAGUUUGUCCGCGGCCGCUCCACCACGGCAUCGGACUAUUCGUCCACUGUUGACGCGGCUGUGCGGGAGAAGAUCUCCGGCCCAACAACAGCUGACGGCGUCAAGUACAUUCUCCACACGGGCAUUGGGCCCGGCCCCAAGACCCUCACCAACGAGGACGCCUUCCUUAUUGCAGAGGAUGGCUCCGUGAAGCAGCAGGCAUAGGCGGUGACCGCAAGUAUUGUUGCAAGCAAGCAAGCGUCAGGUGUCAGUCACACUUGCCAGCCAGUGGAGAAACUUGGUGCCACACGUGCCACUUUGGCCCGUGAAUAGUAAAAUGAGAUCGCUCUUCCA